ACCGGUACAGCCUAUCCGCCCACGACGUUCAAAGGCGUCGUGUCCAGGAUUCAAGCAAACCGUGACUCCUGGCUGCAGCCUGCAGGAGCGCUCGUCGCUGGACGUUCAUCGUCCCCGUUUGUCAUGGUGUUCUAGUGAUUCUGGAUGGUGACUGACGUCCGUGACUUUUGUUCUUGUCGCAGUCAUGGCUACAGCAGAGAACCACUCGGUCAACACAUGGCCAUGGUCAAGCCAGAUGUUCCGCAAGUGGAUCCCACGCCUCCAAGCAGCGCUCAGCUGCGAUGCAAUUCGUGUUGAAUGCUGUGCCAAGCGGUUGAUCUCCGAUGCGCAGAAGAAGGAAUUGAUGGCGAUAAAAGAUUGGGCCAAACACAAUGACCGACUGCUAGAUAUGCUGAGCAGGGGUACAGCUGAGACUUUCCACACCUUCUGUAGUAUUGUGCGUAGCACCGAACCUGAAGCAAACUUUUCAAAGUUCCUAGAUGACAUGAAGUCAGUGGAUACCUUUGUUGGAGGCAAUGAAGAUGCAGCAAAUAGAGUAACUCGAAGUCAACCGGCUCGGUUCAACGGGAACCCACCACCAUCAACCAGCCAAGCAACUCGAUCUCCGCCAGCCACAGCACCCAAACCGACAAAGCCUGCUCUAAAACCCCAGGCGACUCACGCAUCUCCCUCCAAGCCCACCGGCAUCUCUGCAAUGAUAGCGGCCUUCAAUUCAGCCGGCCAGGAACAGAAACUGGCUGGAACUCUACCUUCAAAACCUAGUCGAGUCCCCCAGCCUCCUACUCGCCCAAAGCCCGCCACUCCCCACAACACAGCAAGAACAGUGGAAACUAAGGAUCCCACCACAGGUCACAGAGUGCAGCCGGUAGUGACUUCUGAUCCUGUGUCUCCUCCACGACCACCGCUCUGUGACCUCGCACGACUAGCGGCUGGCGGUAACCAAUCAAUGGGCACUCAGGCGGGGACAUCUGCCCCAGCUGAUCCCAAGCCCUCUCCGAAACCUAGACAAGCUGCUCCUUUCAGGUCUGCUAGUGUCUCUACACUAGCAUCUGGUUUUGAAUCGGAUAGGUACGAGGCAGUCCGACUGCCCUCGGAUCACGUCCCAAAGCCCAAACCGCGCCAAGUGGCCAUCGCUAGUGACAGGGCAGCUAGCUUGGCCAUUAACCCAGCAAUAGGUGUUGGCAAAGACCCGGGCGGACAUGCAGUGCAGCAUGUACAGCGGUCAGCGCCCCCAGCAGAAAGCUUAUCUGCCAAGCUCAUUGCUCCAUCUACGACUGGACGCGAGUCGAUUGCCAAGAAGGCAACAGGAGAUUCAGCUACGCCUCCGCAGCCCAACUCUCUGAGUCAAGCAGGCAACACAGGUCCAUGGUCAAGCCAGGUGUUCCGCAAGUGGAUCCCACACCUCAAAGCAGCGCUCAGCUGUGGCACGAUCCGCACGGAAUGCCUGGCCGAAGGGCUGCUCACCGAUCCGCAGAAGAAGGAACUGAUGGGAGUAGAAUAUGAUUCUGCCAAACACAAUGACCGACUGCUAGAUAUGCUGAGCAGGGGUACAGCUGAGACUUUCCACACCUUCUGUAGUAUUGUGCGUAGCACCGAACCUGAAGCAAACUUUUCAGAGUUCCUAGAUGACAUGCAGUCGGUGGAUGCCUUUGUUGGAGGUAAGUAGCAACUUUAUCAGUAC